GAAAAAUUGAGAAAAAUUUGAGAGAAGGAAUAUGGCCCCAUGAAGGUUUUUUCUAAUUCCCUCUCUCUAAAUAAAUAAUCUCUAUAAAAGUUUAAAUGUGUAAUCCUUCCUUGAGCCGGGAGACUUAGUCUGAUUCGGUUCGGUCCGAUUCGGUUCGAUUCAGUUUUGGCCUUGAAGCACAAGGGUUAUCUCCCCUUGUUUCUUGAUUAAAGCCGGCUUAAGUACCAAGAAGGAGUGUAAUCCGAAGUUUCACUUUCUCAUCAUAUUCUACCCAGUUGAGGCACCAUUUCUCGUCAGGAAAGCCAUUCCCUACCCUUGUGGGUCAGAGGUCCCAAUUCAAGUAGACUAGUGAGGCUUUCGCCAGAACCCUCAUUAGAAGUGUUUCCCGUUUCCCCAGAGGGUACAGAUACUAUGAGUCAAGAUAACAUUUCACCAGCAAAUCCCGACUCCAUGGAGGCCCGUGUCACUAAGAUUGAGGAGAUGUUAGCAAACUUAACUGCGAUGAUGCAAGCUCAGGUUGGUGGUGCUCGACCGGCAGAAGUUCAGGACCAACGGAGCCGUCUCCAUAGUCCUAGGGUUGUUCCUCACCUCAAUGUGUUAGGUGUUGAGGAUGAUGUUGUGAUUGACAAUAGCCCUGCUAUAGGAAAGUCUGAAAGUCUUGAGAACCAAGAGUUGAAGGAUAAAGUUAGUCGCCUUGAACACUUGAUCAGGAACCUUAAAGGUGUUGAAGAUCAGAUCAUUGAUACUGAAGGGUUAUGUUUCUUUCCUCAUGUUAGGUUGCCAGAAAAAUUUAAAUGGACCUCUGAAAAGUUUGAUGGUAGGGGUGAUCCCCGUACUCACUUAAGAUCUUUUAUUGGCCAGUUGAGGGGAGGCCGAGGCUUCACGGAUGAGCAACUGGGGCAGGCCUUCCAAUUUUCACUGACUGGUGCUGCUCACCAUUGGCUAAUGGCCCUAGAUUCUUCCUCAACCCGCACUUGGGAUGACAUGAUGAAGGCGUUUACUCGCCAAUACUCCUAUAAUACAGAGAUAGAAUUGACCAGGAGAGAGUUGGAAACAACAAAGCAAGCAGCAGGUGAAGGGUUCACUAGCUAUUUGAAAAGGUUUCGGGACAAAGCGGCUCAGAUGUGGGAUAGGCCCAAUGAGAGAGAGCAAGUGGGAAUGAUAGUGAGAGGACUGCGAGACCCAUACCGAAAGUUUUUGUUUGCUCUCCCCAUCCUCAACUUCGAUGGUUUGAUAGUCGCGGCACAACAGGUCGAGGAUGCCAUCUUUCAAGAGGAACUCCCCAAAGUGGAUCGGUAUGCAACUGAGUCCAGUAGUAGCAGAAGACCUCCACAACAGAAAAGCUCAGGGGUCAAUGCCAUAAUGCCUACUCUCCCUUCUGCGGCACCAACAUUGUCCACAAUGGUAGCUCCGUUCACACUAGAGCAAGGGACAGCUCCUCCCAAUCGACCUAAGAGGCAGUUUGCUAAUUUGGGUGCAUCCCUGAGUUCAGUUUUUAGCAGAUUAGUGAAGGCCGGAUUGAUUUCUACGAUCCAACCAAGGCCUAUUCCCAAGCCAAAACCACGUUGGUAUAAUCCAGACCUAUUCUGCCACUAUCAUUGCCAAGAAGGACAUACCACAGAUAACUGUUUCAAUUUGAAACAUGCUAUACAGGACCUUUAUGAUGCUAAAAAGUUUGAGCUUCGACCUAAACAGCCUAGUGUAACCACAAAUCCUCUUCCAAAUCACCAAUCAAUCAAUGCUCUUGGUGAGGAUUUGAAAGAAUUUGACCCCACCAUCUUUAUUAGGCGUCUGUCUAUCCAGAGCAAGGGGCAUGUUCAUGUGGUGGAAUCGGACGCGAAGCACAAACAGAUUAAGACAGUUGAAGGAGAGUUUAUGAAGUAUCAAUCAGAAGCAUCUGAGACUCUUGAGAUGGUACCCUAUUUCAAGAAACCGAAUGGUCAAUUCAUUAAGGAAGUGCAUGACUCUUCAUACUCUGGGUUUUCAGAACUGUGGCUCGAUGAAAUAUCAGGAAAGGAGUUACCAGGUUUUGAGAUCUUCUUUAACUGCGUGGGUGAUCGGGCAGAGUCUUAA